GUUGUUCAAUUUUUGUUUCCUAAGUCCAAAGCAUUUUGUUAUAAAAUGUGUCAAAACUAACAAAGUUUCCUUUUACAUACUUUAGACAGUCACUUUUGUAAUGAGGUUAAAAAAAAAAGUUUCAUACAAAGAAAUCUCCCAUGCAGAUCAUUAUUGUAUAAACAAAGCUAUAUUGUGAAUCUAUAAACAACUAGUCAAGAGUCAGCUAAACUUUUCAGCAGGUUAUUUGCAGUGAUGCAUGGAUUCUGCUUUGCAGAUCAGAUCAGUUGCUGUGCAAUGCUAGUGGACACUUUUCUUGGUCUUCCAAAUCUUCUCUUGACAUCAACAGUUCUAUCUAACUUCCGUUUCUUAAAGUUUAAAUUGUUACUAGAAAUAUUUAGAGAUAUUUUAAUAGACUUCCCUUGCUUUAUAAGGGUGAAAUAUCUUCAUUUUCAAAUGCCAGAGAGCUGCUUAGAGGAGCCCACAAUUGUCAAAAGACUGAAUAUAACCAGUCAAUCUUCUGUUUGGCCCACAAUAACUGGGGGGGGAAAGGAUCACUAAAUCAACUCAGAGGAUACCUACACUUAAGCACCUGCCAUAGUUAGGAUGAUCUACUUUACUGUGAGAUUUGUGUCACAUGGUCAUUCACUCCUGUCACGGAUCCAUGAGGUAACAUGUGGCAACCAUCUUCACUUGUUCAUGAAAGAGUAGCACAUUGGUUACUUUAUUAAUGUUCCAUUUUACAGCCAUUUUACAGCCAGAAUAGAAUACUUUUAUACUAAAAUUAUCAAUGAUUUAAAAUUUAAAAACAGUCAUCCCUGCUCAGAAUCUCCUCCGAACAUGGAUGCCAUUUCUUUGCUUCAUCUGCUAUUAUACGUAACUGUGCUGUUUGCACACUCAUAUCAGAGAAUUCAGCUAAUUCAUUCCUCCUCUUGAUAAGAGUAGUUAGUGGGAUUUCCUGUCUCAUCAAAUAUUUUAUUUUUUAUGCAGCAAAUGGUGACAAACCUACCAUUACCUUGGUGGAUUAUAAAGGUGAAGGCAUUGGACUUACCUGCAGCUCUGAGGGGUGGUAUCCAAGACCCCAGGCUCUCUGGUUCGACAGCAAAGGGAGAAACCGAAUGGAGAAGUCAGCCGUAGUAAACACAGAGGUCACGACAGGAAACUUUCAUGUAUUCAGUUCUAUUACACUAGAGCCAGGCAUGGAUAGUGAAGUCUCCUGCAAAAUCAUCAACAACUUGAUAAAGACAGAGAGUGAAUCCAGAAUCCUCAUUUCUGAUGCUUUUUAUCCAACGUCUUCCCCUUGGAUCACACCCUUCAUAACCAUUUUAGUGCUUUCCAGCUGCCUCACUGUCUUUGUGACAUAUAAAUGGAGACAGAGUUUCAAAGAAGUAUUACAGUCUCAAAAAGAAACAAAUGAAAUGAAAAGAGAACGAGAUCAUGAAAAAAAUGCCAUUGAAACGGAGAGGAUGCUGGAUCAAAUAUCUAUUUAUGAAAUCCAGAAGGAGUCAGAAAGAAAACCAGUUGAACUGGAACUUAGAAGAGCACAGAGUCAUGCAGUUGCAGUUUAUUUGGAAUCAGACUGCAAGCAUCCAGACAUCACCAUCAGCGAAGAUGGCAGAACAGCCACCCUUAAUGCAAAAUCCGCUGUGGGUUCUCUAGUGGUUGUGGGGAAAGAGGGUUAUGUUGCUGGGAAGCAUUACUGGGAAAUAAAGGUCGGGAAGCGGCUGGACUGGGAGCUGGGGGUGCUGUCUCAAGCUGAAAGGGACAGAACCAGAAAGGGGAAGUUUUCUGUGCCCCUCGGAGAAGAACGCUGGGCACUGAAAAGUGUCAGAGGACAUUUGUUUUCUAGUCAAAAUGAGGAAAAGAUUAAACAAAUGCAAUUUGGGUAUUAUUCAAAUAUCGGCUUGUUUCUGGAUCAAGAAUCGGGAAAAAUAUACUUCUAUAGGGCCUGUAUGUGGGCACCACUCCUUAUAACCAUCAUUGACAUUCCGUCAACUGAGAAAUUGCACCCAUUUUUAAGUUUUGGCGAGGGUGCCCUAGAUUGCACUCAAGAUAUAUUAGAAAUCAUCCAUAUCAAAAUUCCACUUCCUUUUCAAAAACUUUGAAAGUAGUGGGAAGAGCUUCAUCAAAUUUUUCUGAGAAAUAGCUAACCACCACAAAGAAAGUAAACCAUUAGUGUCAAACACUCCAGAAAGAUCCAUCCAAGUGGAUCUUUUGUAUUAGUUUACAGUUCAGAAAUUGGCCGGCUGUGUGAAAACAAAUGGAACAUUUCAGGAUAGGCACAGCAUUUUCUUGGGGCUUCAGGCCCUCAGCCAGCCAAGCUGCCUUGCAGUCCUGUCCAUGAUAUACAGAUCAGUCCUGGGGGCAAAAGGAAGCAUUUGUGUUAUUCCUGUCUUUUUCCAAUUAAGCUUUGCAUUGCAUAACUUUGACAUUAUCAACUUCAUUUUUUAUAUUGUAUGUUACAUGAAAUAAAGUAAAAAUAAUA